GUGCGCAAUGGGAGCAUUGUUACCCCAUAGGCGCACUGCGCCCCCCAUAGGCCAUCCGUGAAACGGCAGGGCUGAGAAAACAUCCUGUUGUGUGCUGCGGCGUGAGGACAGCACAACACCAUCGUAUCUUCUGCCGAACGCUUGGUGUUAUGGAUCUCCUUGUGUCGAGAAAAGCAGCGCACUGAUUUCCCCGAUGGCGGAGUGAGUGAGAAUGCGUUUCCCCAGUUCCAUAUUUGUCUCUGUGUCUCUCUUCACGGCCGAGACCACGGCAGCUCUCUACCUCAGCUCCACAUAUCGCUCAGCCGGUGAUCAAAUCUGGCAAGGACUCACUCUCCUGUUUACGCUUCUCGCGUCUGUGCUCGUACAACUGACCCUCACGUUCAUCCAUCGGGACCUUAACAGGGACCGACCACUUGUGCUGUUCCUACACCUUCUUCAGCUUGGACCCAUCGUUAGGUGUUUGGAGGCCUUCUGCAUCUAUGGCAGCGUGGGCGUCGUGGAGGAGCCCUACGUCAGCAUCACCAAGAAGAAGCAGAUCCCCCGUGGGGGGCCGGCGGAGGAGGUGGAGCGCCACGUUGGUCAGGCGGAGGGCAAACUCUUCACCCACAGGGCAGCCUUCGCCCGCACCUCCGUCAUCCAGGCCUUCCUGGGCUCCGCCCCUCAGCUCACGUUGCAGCUCUACAUCUGCGUCCUGCAGCGAGGAAUGUCCGUGGGGAGAGGCACUCUGAUGGUCAUCUCCCUGCUAUCCAUCGUCUACGGAGCCCUUCGCUGCAACAUCCUGGCCAUCAAAAUCAAAUACGAGGAGUACGAAGUGGACAUCAGCCCCAUGGCGUACUUCAGCGUCUUCAUGUGGCGCGGCUUUGAGAUCGCCACGCGCGUCGUGGUGCUGGUCCUCUUCAGCUCCGUGCUCAAGCUCUGGGUGCUGCCCGUGGUGUCCCUCAACUUCCUCGCCUUCUUCUUCUACCCCUGGGUCCUGUUCUGGCUGAGUCACUCGCCGUUCCCCGAGAACAUCGAGAAGACCCUGAGCCGGCUGGGGACCACCGUCGUGCUCUGCCUGCUCACCUUCCUCUACGCGGGCAUCAACAUGUUCUGCUGGUCGGCGGUGCAGCUGAAGCUCAGCGACCCCGACCUCAUCAACAAGUCGCACAACUGGUACCGCAUGGCCGUGUUCUACACGCUGCGCUUCCUGGAGAACGCCUUGCUGCUGUCGCUCUGGUACCUGUACAAGACCGACUUCUACACCUACGUCUGCGCACCGCUGCUGCUGCUGCAGCUGCUGGUCGCCUACGCCAUCGGCAUCUUCUUCAUGCUGGUCUUCUAUCGCUUCUGUCACCCCUGCCGGCGGUUGUUUUCCUCAAGCAUGACCCAGGGUCUUUGGGACUGCUCCAUGCUCCUCUGCCUGUCCUGCAAGGCUCGGUCGCCCGAGAACAGGCUGGUAGAAAGCCCUGAGAAGGGACUAAAAAGCCCUGAAGCAAGCAGAGAGACGUCUGAUCAUUCUGGGUACGGGACACCCAACGACACGACUUUCGACCUGCUUGAUGACUCCACGUAUGACGUUCCUAAUGAAUUGGCUCCCGGUGUAGGAGCUGAGACAUACGGUGCCAUCGGCUACACCGUUGCCAUUGCAACUCAUCAAGGAUCGCAGAAACCUUGAGGAGCUGACUUAUUUGUUAUGUGCCAUUCAGAGGAAUCCAAUUGCACAGGCGAACCCAUGGAAGUUUGGAUUACUUUCUUAACCCUUGAAGUGCCAUAGGGAUCCUUCGGUCAGUCUUACACGUUUAGUUUACACUUCUUAUUAUGGCCAUUAUCCUUGUCGUCUUUGAUGUGGGCCACACUUUAAUGUGGCAUUUUUCAACACUGCAGUUGAUCAAUCAUUUGUCCUUAACGUAAAACCAGAAAGUGGCUGCAAACACAACCAUGUUUCCUGGUAACUUCACAUUUAAGGACGAACUACACUCCAAUACAUUAUGGCUUUAACCAUUCCACCCAGGCAUUCACCUUGCUAGAGUUCUGUGCAGCUACGAACACACAAACACCAUUUCCUCGUCCACUAUUACAGCUCUCACUGGACUGACAACAUGUUGAGCACACAUGGCUGUAUCUAUAUCUAUAUAUGCUGCUAUACCUCUAUAGUAAGCUAUAUCUCUAAUCACAAGGGGCCAUAGUAUUGGAAUGAUUGUAUCUAGCAGACUUUAACAUGUUGGCAUUGGCCGUGCAUGCAAAGAGCCUUAAAGACUCACCUUUCUACCGCUUAAUCCUCCAGGAAACACUCUUUACAUAGGUGCGUUUUUUUGUAAAGUUUCAUGGCUUUAUGCAGGUUUUUUUUACUCCUUUGAGAAAAGCUUUAUCAAUGGCUGCUUUUGUGAUGUUGUGUUGUGGCUAACGAUGCUAACAAUAAGCUGUCAGCUGUCAAGGGCUCAAGCCCUAAUCGUACGUAGGUUUCCUGAUCGAGUGCACACUGUCGCGGCGGCAUGCACAUCACCAUGUGCAACCAUGAGAUGGCUUAUUGAAAGGGUGAUUUCGGUUUCCGUCGAAGAGCCUUAUCAGCCAGCAACCGUCGAUGUAAAAUGUUGUGUUGUUUGUUUCUGGUGGUUUCUUCCGUGUUCUUUUAGUCUGCCUCUCUGUCUGCAUGUCUGUUUGUCAAAGUGUCUGCAUGUUUUUUCACAGAAAUAUUAAUCAAAUGCUAAUUUUGUUUGGAUAGGAUAUUAACACUGAAUACACACAGAAGUGUGGUAAUAUUAUAAUUGGAGUUGUUAACACAAGUACAUUUAAUUCAUUUUGAUCAUGCAAUAUGUGUGAAUUACAAUUUUUGCACCUUUCUCUCAAUUGUACAAUACAGUGAAUGCACCUUUUUGUUUAUAUCAAUGUGAGAAACAUUGAAGUCAAUCUAAAUGUGAAAGAAUAACUUGGUUAUAUGCACAAUGUUCAAGAAAUAGUACAAAAAAUAUUUUACGAUGCAAAUCAAGUAAAUUUAUAUUCCUAUGAUGAAA